AUGGCCAUUGGGCAGCACAAAGAUAGUGAAAAUUGUGAAAACAAUGGCUUACAAGCCUUGGAAGAGUCUCUUCUUAUCAGUUCUCCAGAAUGUGAAAAUGCUAUGAAAAAAGAGUCCCCUUUAUGGAUGGUCUUGCUCUGCACAUUGGUUGCUGUUUGUGGUUCCUUUGAAUUCGGAUCGUGUGUGGGCUAUUCAGCACCAACUCAAUCUGUGAUCAGGGAAGAACUUCAUCUCUCUCUGCCUCAGUACUCCAUGUUUGGAUCAAUAUUAACAAUUGGAGCAAUGGUUGGUGCUGUAACAAGCGGUCUGAUUGCAGAUUUCAUCGGCCGAAAAGGGGCUAUGAGAAUUUCGGCUACUUUCUGCAUUACGGGUUGGCUAGCAGUUUAUUUGUCGACGGGAGCUUUAUCCCUAGACUUUGGAAGAGUGCUCACUGGCUAUGGAAUUGGAGUUUUCUCCUAUGUGGUUCCUGUAUUCAUAGCGGAAAUCGCACCGAAGAAUCUACGAGGAGGCCUCACAACACUCAAUCAGCUUAUGAUUGUUACAGGGGCAUCCAUUUCCUUCCUAUUAGGAACGGUGAUAACAUGGAGAACUCUUGCUUUAACUGGAAUCAUUCCAUGUGUUUUUCUGAUUGUCGGUCUGUGGUUCGUUCCGGAGUCUCCUCGAUGGCUGGCUAAGGUUGGUAAUGAGAAAGGCUUCCUAGUUGCAUUGCAGCAACUUCGUGGAAAAGAUGCCGAUAUCUCUGAUGAGGCUACUGAAAUCAAAGACUACAAUGAAGCUCUGCAAAGUCUUCCAAAAGCCAGACUCCUGGAUUUGUUCCAAAGCAAAUAUAUUCGUCCUGUUAUUAUCGGUGUCGGGCUAAUGGUAUUCCAACAAUUUGGAGGCAUCAAUGGAAUCGGUUUCUAUGCGAGCGAAACCUUUGCAUUAGCUGGCCCCUCAUCAAGAAAAACUGGAACUAUUUCUUAUGCUUGUCUUCAGGUUCCGAUAACGGUAAUCGGUGCGAUGCUAAUGGAUAGGUCGGGACGUAAGCCUCUUAUAAUGGUAUCUGCUAGUGGGACAUUUCUAGGUUGCUUUCUAGCAGGAGCUUCCUUCUUUCUCAAGAGCCAUGGCUUGUUGCUCGAGUGGGUUCCGGUCCUUGCCAUUUCUGGAGUCUUGACAUACAUAGCAUCCUUCUCAAUAGGAAUGGGAGCUGUUCCAUGGGUGAUAAUGUCUGAGAUAUUCCCAAUUCAUGUGAAAGGAGCCGCUGGGAGCUUGGUGGUUUUGGUGAAUUGGUUAGGUGCUUGGGCUGUUUCUUACACCUUCAACUUCCUUAUGAGUUGGAGUCCUUCAGGGACAUUUUUUAUUUAUUCUGGUUUCUCUUUGUUGACUAUUGUGUUUGUGGCUAAGAUAGUCCCAGAAACCAAAGGAAAAACAUUGGAAGAAAUCCAAGCCUCCAUCAAUCCACCAUGCAAAGGACUUGAAACUUUGAAUUGAAACCUUAUUUGUUUUGGAUUAUAUGUUAGUGUAUUAAAUUUAUCCUUUUUUCUUUCUUCC